UAUAAUAUAAAAAUGCUAGGCUCAAAAAUUCCAGGAAUUCUAUCGAAAGGCAUGCAGACUUUCAAAUUCACUAAUAUAAAGAAGGGACUUUACUCUAGAAGGAACUUGAUGACUAUGAACAAAGGACUAAACAUUCAGAAGACCACACCCUCUUUUAGGUGCCUGUCCUCAGGAUUAAAUACUCAGAGAUACUUCUCGUCCUUGUUCUAUGAGAAUCAAUACAAGUUGUAUUUGGAAGAUCCAUCAAAAGUCAGUAAGGAAUGGAAGGAGUACUUCGACAACAAGCAGACAGGUGGCAGCUCUCACUCAGCUUCAAGUACUGGAGGAGCAGGCCAAGCUGCCAGUGAAUUGGAACAAGCCUUGAAACUAGCUCUUUCUUCUUCUGGAGGUGCGAAUAGCGAUCAAGCAGCUACUGAUACAACAAGAAUUUUGAACUUAUAUCGCUCCUACCAAACUGUUGGUCAUGAGAAAGCAAAAGUCGAACCGCUUGAGCUGGUCAAGAAAUAUGGUGACCAGAUGCAGAUUGGAAAGCGUAAGAGACUCAACAUCGAGAGACUUGACUACAGGUUCCAUGGAUUCACUGAUGAGCAGCUAGACCGAGAGUACUACAUUGAUUCAAGUUAUGAAAGAGGAUUCCUCUCUAUGAAGAAGAACUGGGUACUGAGAGAUUUAAUUGAUUCUUGCAAAAAGGCUUAUUGAGGACAUAUCGGAAUUGAGUACAUGCACAUCACAAACACUGAACAGCUCAACUGGAUCAGAACAAAGAUGGAAGAAGAAGUGUUUAUCAAACCAAGCGAUGAAGAGUGCAUUUCUGCAUAUGAUAGACUUGCUUGGGCAGUCCUCUUUGGAGACUUCCUUCAAUCAAAAUACAAUACCCAGAAAAGAUUCGGACUCGAAGGCUGAGAUUCAUUUAUUCCAGGAUUAAAGACUUGCAUCGACGUACUUGUCGAGAAUGGAUUAGAAUCUGUUACCCUAGGAAUGCCUCAUAGAGGAAGACUCAACGUCCUAGCAAAUGUUCUCAGAAAACCACUUGAUAUCAUUUUCCAAGAAUUCCAAGGAGAGGCUAAGGAUAAGGAUGCUGAUUGGGGUAAAUCUGGAGAUGUCAAGUAUCAUCUUGGAACAUCCUUUUCAAGAACUUAUGAAUCAGGGAGGACUGUAGAUAUCCAUUUGCUACCAAACCCAUCUCAUCUUGAACUUGUUGACCCUGUUGCUUGCGGAUAUACAAGAGCGAACCAGCAUUUUGGAGCUGACCAAGAUAGACACAGGAAUGCUGCUAUCCUUAUCCAUGGUGAUGCUGCUUUUGCAGGACAAGGUAUAGUCUAUGAGACAAUGCAGAUGGCUGAUUUGUACAACUACACUACUGGUGGAACCAUCCAUUUUAUCGUAAACAACCAAAUAGGGUUUACCACAACUCCUCUUGAUGCUAGAAGUGGUCUCUACUGUACUGAUCUCGCCAAGGCCACUAACGCACCGAUCCUCCAUGUAAGCGCUGAUAGUAUUCUAAAUGUAAUUAAAUGCGCAAAGAUAGCUGCUGAGUACAGACAGAAGUUCAAGCAGGACAUUGUCAUCGAUAUUAUUGGAUACAGGAAAUUCGGUCAUAACGAGCUUGACCAGCCAUCCUUCACUCAACCUCUCAUGUACAAAGAAAUCAACAAUAUGGUCAACGUCCUUGACAAGUAUGAAGCAAAACUCCUCGAACUCGGAAUUCUGAGUGAAGAGCUGAAGAAAGAGACUAGAGACAAAAUAUGGAAUUUCAUGGAUGAAAAUUACAAUAGAGCAAGGCAGCUUGAAGCCGAUAAAGCUGACUGGGUCAACUCUGAGUGGGACACCAUCAGAAUCCCAGACACUAAGAGCGGGUAUAAACUUACUGGAGUUGAUACUAACAAGAUAAAAUCAUUAGGCAAGAAGAUUUCAACAAUUCCAAAGGACUUUGAAGCUCACCGUAUGGUCAGAAGGAUCUUUGAAAAUAGACUCAAGAGCAUUGAGACUGGCACAGGCAUUGAUUGGGGAACUGCUGAAGCUCUGGCUUUCGCAACUCUGAUAGAUGAAGACUAUCACGUACGUAUCUCUGGACAAGAUGUUGAAAGAGGUACUUUCUCUCAUAGACAUGCAAUUGUCCAUCAUCAAACCGAUGACAAGGAAUACAUUCCGUUAGGCUUCAAAGAUGAGGGAAGGCUCAGAAGGUUCAUUCCUUCAAACUCUCAUCUGUCCGAACUAGCAGUUCUUGGGUUUGAGUAUGGCUAUUCUAUCUGUAAUCCAAACUCUUUGACUAUUUGGGAAGCCCAGUUCGGAGAUUUCUAUAAUGGAGCACAAGCUAUGGUCGACCAAUUCAUCUGCUCAGGUGAAUCCAAGUGGGAUGUAGCCAGUGGUCUUGUUAUGCUUCUCCCUCACGGAUAUGAUGGACAAGGACCAGAGCAUUCUUCUGGAAGAGUCGAAAGAUUCCUUGCUAUGUCCGAUGAUGAUCCAGAUGUGGUUGCAGAGUUCAGAGAAGACUAUUUCCAUCACACUAACAAAGCUGCUAACUGGCAGAUUGCCAACUGUACUACAGCUGCUAACUACUUCCAUGUCCUCAGAAGGCAAAUGCACAGAGAUUUCAGAAAGCCGCUCAUUGUCAUCGCUCCAAAGAAGCUUCUCAAAUUCAAAGAAGCUUGCAGCGACAUCGAAGAAUUUGGAGAUGGGAAGAGAUUCUUGAGAUCAAUCGGAGAGAGAAACAAAGCUCUCGUGAAAGACCCAUCUAAAGUCAAGAGAAUCGUCCUCUGCAGUGGGCAAGUUUACUACGAUAUUGCUAAAGAGAGAGACCUCAAGAAUGACUCUGAGACAGCUAUUAUCACCAUUGAGCAACUUUUCCCAGUUCCUUAUGACCUUUUGAAAGAGCAUCUUGAGAAUUAUCCAAAUGCCACUGACAUCGUUUGGUGCCAAGAAGAACCUAAGAAUUAUGGUGCAUACGGCUUUAUGAAGCCAAGACUCAAUUCUUUAUUCAAGAAACUAGGAGUACAAGAUAAGAUUGCCCUCAGAUAUGCUGGAAGAGAAACUAGUAGUUCUCCCGCUACAGGAUUUGCCAAAGUCCAUGCUGAGCAGCAGCAAAACCUAGUCCAAGAAGCACUGAGAUAGAUAUAUUCAAUUUAUUCAAUAAAUUUGGCAUAA